AUGAAUUAAUAGUAUUUAAGGAAGAAAUUAAAGAUUAAAACAACUACUGAUACUCCUCUUAUUCCAAAAAUAAUGUCUACAAAAAAUGAGUAAUCGUAAUUCAUUGAAACUAAUCGAAAACGUUAUAUAAAAGCAUUUAGUCCAUAGCGUUUUUAAUUGCCGCAAAUAGUUUAACCUUAAUUGAGUUAGAUUACACCAUUACGAUAAAGAGGGAAAUCUGAAAGUGUUAGAGAAUAUUCAAUAGGAUUUUUGGGACCUAAUGAUUUUGUUCGUUUAUUAUAGACAGAUUAAAAUUUGGGAUAGGAAUUUUGUUAUUUGAACAAUUAUGGUAAUCCUUAUGAAUGGAAGGUUGUAAAUUAUGAUGAUAGAAAUAUGGAUUAUUAUAUGACUAUAAGUGGAAGGGGAAUUAUAAUACAUCAUAGUAAUUUUGAGGAAUUUGUGUCUAUAAAACAAUUUGAAAAUGACAGGAAAUUAUUUUAUAGAUUACAAAAGAUAGAGUUCUUUCGAAAUUAUCUGAAACAAAAAACAUUCACUAGAUGGAAGAAGUUAAGUAUUAAAAAUAAAGCAUAAUCAAUUUCUAAGGAAUUAACAACUAGUUAUUUACUCUUAGAUUAAUCACUUAAGAGACCCAUAGAAGAAAUUCAUAAAUAUACUUAAAGAAUAAAGGGUUUAGUAUUUUUUUCACCUACAUAAAUGAGUCCUGUAAAUUAAACAAAAUUCAUAUAGAAAUUAUAAAGAUCUUUAAAUGAUUUCUAAAAAGAAUUAGCUAAGAAUAUUAAUUUAAUAUUGAAAAUAGUUGUUGAUGCAUGUCAAUAUUCAUUUAGUAUAUUUAAAGAAGACCAAGGUUAUAGGUAGAAUUUAGAAUUGAUAAGGAAUUCUUAAAUGGAAUAAAAACCUCUAAUAAUUGGUGUAUUUAUGCUCUUCUUAUAAUUAGGAUAAUUCUACAUAGUCAAUGUAAUUCACAAUGGAAUCAAAUUUGAGAUAAUUUCAAUAGAAAUUAAUUAAAUUUACUAGAAUGAUAGAUUACAUUUAACUUGAGAGUAUGAUAAUAUUGAUGUACAAUUCUAUAGUUAAUUUCUUAAAGGUAAUUAAGAAUGCUAAUAAACAUCUCAAAAUUGGGUAAUUAAUAUUAUUAUUAAAUAGAACAACUUAAUUUAGUUGGAUAGUUGUGGAGAUUCAUUUGUAAGAGGGAUCUAUAGUGUUUGAACCAUCACUUAAAGGUAUGUUGGAUAUAUUUGUUUAAACAAUUGAUAAGGCUAUAGAUAUCAUUGAGUAAGGCAUCUAAUCAACUAGAAAAUAAUAGGAUUUAUAAAAUUAUGGAGUUGGUUCAAGUUCAACAGAUUUAAGAUAGGAUUUGAGGGAAUAUGGAAGAAUUAAUUUAAAAUAAUAUGAUUAUAUAGAGGAACUUGGAGAAGAGUUAAAAUUUAGUUAUAAAUAAAUAGAACAUUAUAUGUUAAAGAUAUAGAUUUUAUUGGAUGAAUUUGCAAAAAGUGAAGAUUAAUUAUUGAAUGCAGAAGUAUUGAAAUUUCAAUUUUAAUUGAUAUCUGAAAUGUAAAGUGAGAUGGAAACAAUAGAGAAUAUAGUGGAUAUUGGAUUUUUGAGAUUGAACAUUUAAUUAUUUAAAUUGUAAAUGUAAACUUUUUUUAAGAAUAAGAUUUAAGUUAUAAAUUAGAAUGUAGAUAUGGAACUUAGAGGGAAAUGUAAAAUAUUAUAAGAAACAAUAUAAGAAUGGUUAGAGAAAUUGAAAUUGAAACCAGUUACAUUGAAAUAAUAUGUAAUACAUCAAGAGAAUUAUUUAUUGAUUAAAUCAAAUUAUGAAGCAAUAGAUUAAUAAAUAGAAGAAUUACAUGUUUAUAAUAGAAUUUAUAUUCAUUAAGAUUAAACAAUUCCUAUAAAGGAUAUUUGGGAUAAGAUAGUUAGUUAAUAUUAAUUAUUUUAAUAUAAGUAUUAUGAUUUAUAAAAUUAAUAUGGAUUAGUUUAAGAUAAGUUUGAGAAGGAAUUUAGAAAAUUGACACCAUUUUUUCAUUAGAAGGUAUUAUAAUUUUGUGAAUAAUUUGAAAAUAAUAAAGAUAUUGAUGAUAUUAAUUCGAUUUCAUAAUUACAAGGAUAAUUGAUUACUUUGGAAUUAGAAUAUGAAGAUUUAAAGUAGUAUUCACAUUCUUUGUAAAUAGAAUAAUAUCAUAAUGAAUAGUUACAUGAGAUAAAGAACAAAUAUGUUUAAUUUAAGUAAUUAUAAAUAGAAAUUCAUAAGAUCAAGAAUUUACAAUAGGAAUGGAUGAGAGAACAUUUUCUUGAUUUGAAUCUAUCUAUUAUAAAGACAACUUAUUAAAAUCUAUUACAUUAAAUAGAAGAUUGUAAAAUAUUUGGUUAAUCUUAAUUGACAUAAAUUAAAACAUAAUUGAUAAAUGAAUUAAAAUUAUAUAAUGUAAUUGAAAUCAUAUUACAAAUAAAAGAUUAUGAUUAAAAUAUUGUAGCUUAAGUAUGUAAGAAAGACAGAUAAUAAGAUAAAAAUUUAUUGUAAUUAAUAUUAUAAAUAUGUAAUAAUCCUUCACAUCCAGUAUUUACUACUUAAUAUUUAUAAUAAUCAGAUAUAAAUGACUAAUAAGAUAAUUUAUAAUAAUUAUUAAUAAUAAUUUAAUAUGAAAAUUAAACAAUGAAUUCACUUAUUAAAUUAGAAGAAUUUUGGAAGAAUCAUAAAUUACUUAUUUAAAAAAUAAAAGGAACAAAAGAUCAAUAUUCUAUUAUUAAUUUAAGUUAAUUAAAUGAAUAAUUAGAUGAGAAUAUUUUGAUUAUCAAUAAUAUUCUAGGAUAACCAAAUAUAGAUGAUUUAAGAAAUAGAAUUGAUUUACAAUUAAAGAAUAUAGUUUAUCUAUAAGAAUAUAUCAAUUAAUUAACACUCUUAUAAGACACAUAAUAUUAUUUAACAAAUGUUUUAUCAACUCAAAUUAAUCAAAAGAAUUAGAGUAAGGAAAUGAAAAUGUAUUAGCAUUAAGAAAAAUAGUGGAAACAAUUAAUAAGAUUAAUUUAAUAAUAGAAGAGUUUAGAAGUAUGGAUUAAAGAUGAAAAUGAGAAGAAAUUCUUAAAAUAAAUACAAUAAGAUAAUUAAAAUUGUAAAAGUAUAAUACAAUAAUUAAAUGAAUAAUUUGAUAAGAAAAAGUAUUUAUUUCCAAGAUUUAAUUUUCUUACUAAUUCAUAAUUUAAUAAGGUUGUUUCUGAAGUUAAACAUCCUGCAGCUAUGUAGCAAUAUUUAAGUUUAUUUUUCCAAAAUAUUCAUUAAUUUGAUUAUGAUCAAAAUAAAGAAGCUGUUACAUCAUUAUAUUCUAAAGAAAAUGAUUAAAUAGCUGUUAAGUAUUGUCCUAUGAAAGGAGAGAUUGAGGAUUGGUUUAAAACAGUAGAAGAAGGUAUGAAAUAAGGAUUGAGAUAAAUAAUUAAGAAUGCUUUGAAACAUGCUGAUAAUUAUUAAUAGAUUGUGUAAUAUCCUAUUUAAAUUAUAUAUAUAUGUAUGACUAUUACUUAUACAAUGAUGUUGGAUGAUAUUCUUUAAAAUGAUGAUAAGGAUUGGAAUGAAUUAGUUGAAUUUAAAUAAUAUGAAAUAUAAGAAUAAAUAAAAUAAUUACAUUCUGAAAAAUAAUCAAUUAAAUAAUAAUUAAGAUAGAUUGCAAUAAUUAUGAUAUUGAAUAAUUAAAAAAAUUUAAUUUAGGAAAUAAAUUAAUUUAAAAUUAAUAGUGAUAAAGAUUACUUUUAUUUAAAAUAAAUUAAAUAUUAUUAUGAUGAUGAAAAUAUAAUUGUUAAUUUCUUAAAUAAUAAAAUCUAAUAUUAAUUUGAAUUUUUUGGUGAUGAAUUUAAUUAUCAUUCAUGGAAAUAAUCUGAAUAAUCUAUUUUACUUAUGAAUCAAGCAUUCUAAAUAAAUCAAUUACCACAUCUUAUUGGUCAUUAUAGUAAAUAUUACAUUAUAACAUAAUAUUCAUAAAUUUUAGGACGUUAUUACAAAUAAAUGUAAAUUACAAGUCAGGAUUAUGAUUUCUAAUAUUUAUUAUAAUGUAUCUAUGGAUCAAUAUAAUCUAAUUCCUUAUUUAUUAUCUCAGGAUAUUAAUAUUUAUAAUAAGAUGAUAGAUUAAUCUUAUAAAGUAUAUUUAAUUAAAUUUGUAAUGCUUUAUGGUAAUAAUUAUAGAUUUAGGAUUAAGAAGGAAGAUAAUUGAAAUUAUAAAAUAAACAUUUUCUAACUCUUAUAUCAGAUGUCCAUUAUCCCAUUCUAUCUUUUAAGAAUAUUCAUGUCUAUUAACCUGAUAUAAUGAUUCUAUGGUAAGCACUUAUUUAAAUAAUAUACAAUUAAGAUAUUGUUGAAAUAUUAAUGAAAUUGAUAUAGACAUUAAUUAGUGUUUUUGGUAAUGAUUUGUUUAAUCUUGCAAGAUUUAAUUCAUUUAAUUAAGUAGUUAAGACAUUGAGAACUAUUAAAUUGAAUGAUCUUUUUGAUUUAUUACAAUAUCAUAUGAAUAAUGCAGAUAAGUUAUUAUUUAAUUCUAUAGUAAAUGAAUAUUUUUAAAACAGAGAAGAAAAUAGAUAUGAAAUGGAAAAAUUGAAUUAAUUACUUAAUGAAAAUAAUCUUAUUUUAGUAUAUGGUUAACCAAAUAAUGGAAAAAGUAAAUUGAUAUAAGAAUUAUUUUAAUUUAAAUUUGAAUAAGAAAAUACAAAUUAAAAUGAAAAUAAUCUAUUAUAAUCAAGUAAAUAAAAUAAUAUUCUUUAUCUUGAAUUAGAUGCUUAUGAUGAUGAAGAUUUGUUCAAUAUUUUAUAAUAUUCUCAAUAAUAUAGAUAUUAUCAUUUUAUUAUUAAUUUUAAAUAGAAGUAAGUCUAUUUUAAAUAAGAGAACAUUAUAUUUUUUAAUAGUUUAAUAUAUUCUAAUAGAAAUGUAAUUUUUGAAAGUAAUGAUCUUUCAAUAUAGGAUCCUGCUUCUUUAGUUAAUUUUACAUUAUUUUAUUAUACUAAUAGUAUUUCCAAUCAACAAUUUCUUAUUCAAGAAUUAAAAUAUGUUAAUAAUUUAGAGUUGUAAACAUUAUUGGCUCGUAAUUUGAUUAAUCAAAUAGAAUAAUAUUAUUCAUUAUUGUUAAACUUUCCAUAUUCAUUAUAAUAUGUAUUAAGAUGUUCUGCAAAGGUUUUAAGUAUUUACUAUAAUGAACAAUAAUACAGUAAAUAUACAUAAUUGGAUGUUGAAAACAUAAGUACGUAUGCAACUUACACAUUGUUCUGUUUGAUUUUGGAUUAAGAAAACAAAUCUCGUGUUGUUUAAUAGAUAUAAAUGGUUAUUCAGGAAAGAAAAUUAGAUCAACUAUUUAAUCAAAAAUCUUCAUACAAUAACACUAUAUUACAAUAUUAUUUUAAUCAAUAAGAAUUAUAUGCUAUUUAAGAGUUGUAGAGUCAUAUACUAUUUUAUGGUGAUAUUUCAUGUAAUAAGAGUAUUUUGGCCAAAUUGAAAUCAUCAAGUGGAUUAUAUUUUAGUACUAGAACAAAAUCAACUGAAUUAUAAGAAUUUAUAGAUAAGAAAUUGAUGACAUAUAGAAAGGAUAGAUAAUUAUAUUUGUCUCCACCAUUUGGAUAAAUUAAACAUUUUAUAGUGGAAGAUAUUAAUGUAUCAAGUUAAUGUCGUAUAUUUAUUAAGUAAUUAAAUGAAUGCAAUUAUAUGUUUGAUAAGAAGAAUAAUUAUUAAUUAAAAUAUAUUAGUAAUUUUUAUUUGUUAGGUACUUCAUAAGAAUAAUUAAUUGAUAAACAUAAUUAAUUUAAAAAUUUUGUAUUUAUUAAUACCAGCAAAUCUCCAUUAAUUUAGAAUAUCUAUACUGAAAUAAUAAUUGAUAUGGCAAAAGAUAAAGUUAAAUAAUAUUUAGAAUUGGGUUAUAUUAAUGAUGGAAUCUUAAAAUUAAAACAUAAAUUCAAAUAGUGUUGGGAUAAGUAAUGGUGUUUUCAUUAUUUAUAUGAUAAUAAUACUAUUUGGUACAGAAUUUUACAUCCUUUACUUGUACUAAAUGAUCCUUAAUAGUUUGUUAAUCAAUUCUAUCAAAAUAUUAUGAGAAUUAUUGGUGGUUAAAUGGAUAUAGUAGAUUUAGAUAAUUUGGAUAAAUUUGUUAAGGAAUUAAAUUUUGGAGAUUAUCCUAUAGAAAUUUUUGUUUAAUAGACUAAGUAAAUGUAUGAUGAAAUCAAAAAAGAGAAUGUGUAAAAUUUAUUUUUACAUGAAAGUCAUUUGGAGAAAAUUAUAUGUAUAAUGAGGGGAUGGUAAUAUGAUUAACAUAUUAUAAUUCAAGGUAGGAUUGGAAGUGGUAGGAAUUCAUUUAUUCGAUUGGCUUAAUUGAUAAUGUAAUAUGAAUAGAAAUACAAUGAUUUUGGACUCAAUGAUUUAUUGUAAAAUUGGGAUUAAUAGAAUCAUAUCACUUAUGUUAUUAAUAUUAAUGAUAAUGUGUAUGAAUUCAUAUCUUAUCCUAUUUAGUAUUGUAAUAAUUUAUGUUUAUUGAAAAAUGAUUAAAUUUAAUAAUUACAUUUAUGUAUAUUAAUAGAGAAUAUGAAGGAACUUGAUGAUUAUAAAAGAAUACUCUAUAAAUGUUAAAUUGUUAGAUUAUUUGAUUGGCCUAAGAUCUUUUAAUAGGAUAUUGCUACUUAAAUUCUUAAUGAUAGAUCUAUUGAUACUAAUCUAUUUUGUAAGGUAUUUGAAUAAUCAUAAGGAUAUAUACAAUAAUUCAUUGAUUAACUCUAUUUAUUCUAAAAAUAAUAUUAGUAAUCCAAAUCAGAAAAUUAGAGAUUGAUUAUUAUUUAUUAGAAGGUUUUAAAUAAGAUUGAAGAAGCAAAUACUGAAUUCAAUACAAUAACAGCUCAAUAUAAUAAGUACAAUUAGGAACAUUAGGAGGUUACAAAUUAGAUGAAUAUUAUAAAUAAUGAGAUAUCUAAGGAUAAAUUAGAAUUAGGAGAUAUCAAUUAAUAAAUAAAUAAAUUAAAUGAGAAUAUCAAUAAAUGUGAAUAGAAGAUAAUUAAAUAAUAAUAAUAAUUAAAUUAAUAAUUUCAAUAAUAUAGUAAAUAGAGAUUACAAAAUUUUCACAUAAUUUAAGAAUUCCCAUUCUUAUAACCAUUAUCAAUGGAAUUAGUACAUUUAGUUGAUUUACCAUAAUUGGAAUUAUAUUAAAUUGAUUAGAUUAAUAUGAAAUAUCCAUAAUCUUCAUAAUAAGUUUAAACUAUCUAUUAGAUUGCUAUAAAUAUAUGUAAUUAUUAAUAAACAUUAAUUCAAUUAUAAAAUAAUAUACAUAAUGAUAAGGUAGCAUUAGAAGAGAUGAAAAAUAAAUAAGAAUUACGAACUGUUAUGAUAUCAUAAUAGGAAUAAUAAAUAAAUAUUUAUUAAUCUAAAUCACGUAUAUUGACAGAUGAAUUAGAUAAGAUAACAAAUAUAUUUGAGGCAACUAGAAAAUGUUUGAAAUAUUUGAAUAAUUAUUAAGUUUAAUGGUAAUAGAAUAUUUUUAAUUUAUAACAAUAAUAAAUUUAGUUAAUUGAUAUUAAUUUUGUUUAAAGUAUUUGUUAAAGUUAUAAUUAAUAAAUUAAGUAGAAAUUAAUAGAUAAUUUAAAUUUAUAAUGUAAAUUAGAUUAUGAGAAUAUGUAAUUACUAUUAAAUUUAAAAUUUUAAAAUUAGAAGAAUAUUAUAUUAAUAAUUGAUCCUGAAAAUUUAUCAUAAGAAUAUCUAUAAUAAUUCUAUCCAACUGCAUAUGUUAAUACAUUUCAUUUAAAUAAUAUUAAUGAAAUCAAAAAUAAUUAUUAAACUCAAUAAUGUUUCAUAAUAAAAGAUGUUAUAAUCAAUGAAUUAUUGAAUUCAUAAUAAUGGAGAUCAUUUAUAUUGUAAUUUCAAUAAUAAUAGGAAACUAAGAUAUACUUUAUUUCCUAUUAAAUUAAACAUGAAACUAAAGCUUAAUCUUUAUUAAGAACUAUUUAUUUCAAGAAAUAAGAUAAAGAAAUUGAAUCAUUUGCUUUAUUAAAUAUAUUAUAAAAAGAGAAUCCUGAUCUAUUUGAUAAAUUAAUAUAAUAAUAUGAUGAAGAGAAUCUAUCUCUUAUUAAUUUGGGAUCUCUCUUAGAUGAUGAUCGUCCUAUUAUGGAUUCUCAUUAUGAAUAAUAAUUGAGUCUAUUGAUAUCUUCUUAAUUUAAUAGCAUAAUUAAUCUAGAUAUUAUUACAUAAAUUCAAGAAUUAGUUGAUUAAUAAGAAUAAUAAAAAUAAUAUAAUGGAUAAUUCAAUUUUGAAAUUUAUCAUCCUUUAAUGGUUAGAUUCUUAUUAAUUUAUAAAAGUCUCUAAUAAUCAUAUAUUUUUGAUCGUCGUUAUUAUAUUACAAUGUAAUAAUUGUUAGAUAAAUUAAUUCAAGUUAUGGAUUAAAUAAAGGGAGACAGUUCUGAAAGAUAUUGGAUUAUAAGUAAUCAUUUCACAUUAUAGAUUAUGCAUUUAAUAGAACAUUCAUUUAAAUUGGAACAUCAUUUAUUAAUGAAAUUCAUUUUAUUUACUCAAAUAGAUUUAAGAAAUAGAACCAUCUCUUAUGAUUAAUAUUAAUAUAUUUUAGGUCAAUAAGUAUAAAAAGAUUUGAGUAAAUAUCCUAAAUCUUUAAAUGUUUCAUUUAUAAAACAAGAAUAAUGGGAUGAUAUUAGAUACAUAAUGAGUUUGUCACCAUCAUUUGAUGAUUUACAUUCUUAAAUCUUAAGAUAUCCUAAGGAAUGGUAGAAAUGGUUAGAUGAUACUUUCUCAAUACCUAAUGAAUAUGAUGAGAAAUUAUAAAUUUUUGAGAAACUCAUCUUGAUUAAGGCUUUCAAACCUAAAUAAAUGAGAAGAUUUAUAUAUGAAUACAUAAAGGAUAGAUCAACAAGACAUUCUACUUAAAUUAAAACUAAUAAGAAAUAUUAAUCUACUGAAAAAUAAAUCAUAUAUGUCUAAUCAUAAUUAAGAAAAUUAGUAGAAGAUAUCAAUAUUCCUAUUUAUAAAGGAUAACAAGAACUUAAUCAACAAUAUUUAUUUAUUAAUUUAUCACAUUAUCCCUUAGAAGUCUAAGAACAAAUUAUAUAAAGCAAAUAUCCACAUUGUAUUAUUGAAAAUUUUGAUGAAGAUCUUUUACUUGAUAAGACAUUAUUGAAUUGUUAGAAAUCUUUUCUAUAAUAUGAUGAAUAAAUACGUUAGAAUAUUAAAAAAUAUAUACCAAAAGUUGAUGGUAAUACUAGUGAAAUGAAAAAGUUUACAUACAGUUUAUGUUAUAUGCAUUUUUUCAUUAUUUAAAGGAAUCUACUCUUAAAUUUGACUUCUGAAACAUAUACAGUAUCAGAUUUAAAUCUAAUAUUGAAAUUCAAUUUACCAUACUUCAUCAAUAGUAAUAUCAAUAGUAUGUUUAAAGUAAUAACUGAUGGAAUAUACAAUGUUCCACCUGAAGAUUAAUUAACAAUAGAAAGUAUUAUUUAUAAACAUUGUAACUAGUAAGUAAAUACUGAAAAUUAUUAGUAUUUACAUUUUCAAACACUUCCAAUUGGUAGUGAUGUAUGGUUAGAUGAGAUGAUUAAUCGAAUUCCAGAUACAAAUGAUACAUAUAGUAUAGGUUAUGGAAAUUACAAUUUUGCAAUAUAUAAUUAAUAGAAUUAAUAGAUAAUUCAAUAAUUCUAAUUAUUAACAAAUAACAAUACUGUUUAAAAUAAGUAAAUUACUAAGGUUAAAUUAGUUGAACCACUUAGUUUAAUUAAAUUAGAAUAAAAAUUAACAAGAAAGUAUUCAUUUUAAAAAAAUGAUUCAAAACCCUUUUCUUAAUAUUAUAGAAAAACAGCACUUAAUAUUAUAAAUAAAAAUAAAUAAAAUAUUUAAUAUACAGAUGCUAUAGAUCAAUAUAUUAAUAUUUAAAUUUAAAAGUAUAAUAUAUUGAUAGAAGAAUUGAAUGAAUAUAUCAAAAACAAUCCACAUAAAUAUAAUAUGGAUUGUCCAUAAGAAUUAUAUUAAUAUUUAUGGUAUAAACCAAAAUCUAAAUUAUUAGUACAUAAUUUAAUAGAAAUGAUUAAUUCUAAUGUGUAUCAAUUAAAAUUAUUAAGAGAUUCAUAAAAUAGAAGAUAUUUUGAUUUAAGUUAUCUAUAUAUUCCAUAAGCAUUAUUGGAAUACUUUAAAUUAUAAUUUAGUCGUAAGAAUGGUCUCAAUCCUUGGAAUCUCAAUAUUUAUACUGAAAUUUCAAAAUGUAUUGAAAUAAAUCAUGUCUAAUAAUAAUAAUUGAAUGAUGGUUCCUAUCUACUUGGAGGAUUAGAAUGUUAGAAUUGUUAAUGGAGUUUGGAUAAACAUAAAUUAAUAGAAUGUGGUAAUUCACCUUCAACUUUGAUUCCUUAUAUCCUUGUUUCUACUUUGGAAGGUGAAUAACCAUAAGAAUUAUAGAUAUAAAUAAUGGAUAAUGAUCUAAUAUUAAUGACAAUAGAUUUAUAAUCAGAUCUUGAUUAGGAUACUAUUAAUAUAAGGAAAGCAAGAAUAGUAAUAAAAGGUAGAUGA